UUUGUUGUUUGGAGACCUGCAUAUCUUUGAUAUGACAGGCUCUUUGUUCUGCAGGUGUAUUUAGCAGGAGCUCUUGCCUCUGAGAGCUUCUCUUCCUUAAGUCAAUGAAGCACAUUCUCAGAGUUCUUCUACUCCUUGCGCUAGAGGCAGCAGUCAGUUCUGCUGCUGGUGCUGCCUCAGUCGCCGGUGAUCCACUUUCUCUCAUCUACGAUGGACUGCUUGCAAUCAAUAUGCCUGGGUGGUUCUCAUCGGCUAUACCUAGCGACAUGGCAACUCAAAUUGCGGCUCUCGAAUCAAACAUCAACGCACUCCGCGUGACAUCCACCGAUGGGAGCGUCACGGUGGCCAUAAUCACAACAACAGACUCUGAAGGACGCACCCUUACGACCAGUUCAAUCUCAACACUCUCUAUAUUAUCUAUCACCAACACAAGCGGCGUCACGGCCACCACGACGACCACAGCAGGUUUAGGUGCCGGUUUCUCAACUUUGACAACUGAGGUCAUUAACGGCGCCACGUCCGUCUUCUCCGUUGCAGUCAGUGGGGCCUCCAGCGUGGCCUCCAAGGCCUCCAGUGUCGUGGGGGGAGCAAGCAGUGCUUUGAAGUCUGCAAGUGGAGCAGAGCGAACUCAGGUCUCAGGAUGUGCAGCUAGUGUGAUUGGGCUUCUUGGAUUGAUGGCAGCAUUGUGAUAGCUGUUGAAGACGAAAUUAUGACUGGAGUUCAGGACCUGUCCGCUAAGUAACAACUAGAGUUUGCUUGUAUAAUGCCUAAUAAAUCGAACAGGACUCGAGGUGAACAGAAAAGGUUUUGCUUAUUUUCAAUGUUCCAAUCCAGAAGUGGGACAUUUGAAACACCCAACUUGACUACUCCCUUUGAAUAUCCAGGUCCUCGAGAGUAUUGAAGUUCAUCUAGCUUCGAAUGCAGUGAAUAUACAACUUGAUUCAGGAUAUUGAGAAUUAAUACCGGGGUUUCGUCCACCGCUGGACUGGCUUCCCCAGAAUGUGGUCAGCCUCGAUCUUAAACCUAGGAACUUGAAUGAAUGGAUACAUGACGG